UGGUACUUUCUGGCGGCUCUCCAGAAAUAGACUGACUUUGCCUUGUUGAAAACGAAAAACGGUUCACUAUAAUAAUAAAUUGAAGAAGAAGAAAGGAAUAGAAAGCAGAAACAAACAAACAUAAUACAUGCUCUUUUCUCAUUCUGAUAUUAUUAUUAUUAUCAUCUUAAAAGAAAAUGGUGCUAUGGGAGAUCACAUUGGGAACGGCGUAUUUCUUGGGUCUAAAGCGAACUUACAAGCUCUUCUUGAGGAUUCAACGUAAGCUCAUUAGUCCAAAGUAUCCCAAGCUUCGUGAUUUCGCUCAAAGGCGAACACGAGCUGCAUUUGAUGUGGCGCUGACCGUUCAUCGGAAGGUACAGGAAAGAGAUAUUGAAGCUGGUCGGAACCUUGGUAAUUGGAUCCUUCGAUGGCUUGACAAAAUGAAGCCAUCUGCUAAUAUUCGAGGCUCAAAUAACAAUGCAAUUACGAGUGCAACUAAGCGGCAUAGGAUAUCAUCUCACUCCCCGAAGCCUGAUGGUUUCCAGAAUUAUGGUGCUGGUAAGGACAAGGGAUCCAGCAGCAGGCAUCUGUUUACCUCAGCUAGGAACACAUGGCAAAAAGCGUAUCCAACCAUUUCCAUGAUGAUCAAACCAAGAAGCCCAGCUGGAACAAAUAUCCAGUACAGGCAGUUCAACACUGUUUUGCCAACCAGUUUCAAAGCCAUGAAUCAUGCAAAACAUGGUUUUAAUGGAGUGAUCCGACCAGACAUAUUGCAGUGGAUUCAACGAAGCUAAUCCAUUAGUUACUCUGUUGCUUCACUCGCUGAGCUGAACCGUCCGAGACGACCUAAAUCUGACAAUAACUAAAAGCGUUAGAUCAGUGCCAUAAUGGAAAAAGAUGGUUUUAAAUUGUAGUUUUGUGGUUUCUGUUUUCUUUUGGCUGGACCUUCUCCUUUCCCGUGAAAAUUGUACAUUCUUUUUGGAUUUCGCCCCGUGUGCACUUCAACCGACCUUGAUUGUUGAGUUGUUUCUACUCUGUUGUAUUUUCUUCAGGAUUAUACUUUAUUGUGGAAGUGCAUCAAGGCUGAAAUCGUCCACAACAAAAAACCCGAAAAUCAAUACAGUUUUCUUCAUAUGAA